AUGGGGAGAAGUGACCUCGUGGUCUCGGCGAAAAAUGGUAAAAUCAGAGGAGAAUAUGUUAGUGUGAAAGGCACGGAGAGGAGGGCAAAGUGCUACCUGGGGAUACCCUUCGCACAGCCACCCGUGGGAGACCGCCGCUUCUCUGCUCCGCGGCCUGAGGAACCCUGGGAAGGUGUGAGAGACGGCACACAAGAGCCAUCUAUGUGUAUCCAGGAUCCUGAACUAGUUGUGAAUGUUUCAAAAACCAUGUCGCUCGAAUUCAUCCCACCAGCAAUUUCAGAGGACUGUCUGUAUCUGAAUGUCUACACUCCAGCUGAAGCAACUAAGGGGAACAAGCUUCCAGUGAUGGUGUGGAUCCAUGGAGGAGGUCUGGCUAUGGGUGCAGCUUCACAGUAUGAUGGGGCUCCACUAGCUGUUUAUGAAAACAUAGUGAUGGUUAUUAUUCAGUAUCGACUCGGCAUUCUGGGUUUCCUGAGCACUGGAGAUGAACACGCCCAGGGCAACUGGGGUUUCUUGGAUCAGCUGGCAGCCCUGAGAUGGGUGCAGGAAAAUAUUGAAGCCUUUGGUGGCGAUCCGCAGACGGUCACAGUGGCUGGAGAAUCUGCUGGAGGAAUCAGUGCAUCCAUACUGACUCUUUCUCCACAAGCAAAAGGACUGUUUCAGAGGGCAAUCUUUCAAAGUGGAGUAGCAACACUUGGAACCUACACUACAAAUCAUCCUUUGUCUCAAGCGCAGAUUGUUGCGAGCCAUAUUGGAUGUAACCACAGCAGCACAGAGGAACUGAUCCGUUGUAUGAAGGGGAAGAGUCAAGAUGAAUUAGUAGCCACAACAAAGCAGAUGAAAAUUUUCCUCGGGGCCGUGGUGGACGGCGAAUUUCUGACUGACUUGGCAGAGGCUCUUCUUCAGAAACACGAAGUGCUGAAGGUUCCAGUACUGAUGGGAAUCACAAACCAUGAAUUUGGCUGGAUCUUACCUCAGAGCUUCGCCGUUCCUGGGUGGGAGAAUGGCAUGAACAGAGAGACCGUGCUGGCAGUGGUGAACAUGUUUAAUCCUCCAGGGGCCUCCUUUGUUAACAACCUCAUUGUAGAUGAAUACCUGCAAGAUGCUAAAACUCCAGAGGAGAUCAGAGACGGAUUCACUGAAAUCAUAGGAGACCUGCUGAUGACACUGCCUGUUGUCCGAGUGGCCGGGUACCACUCAGACGUGGGCGUUCCAGUUUACAUGUAUGAGUUUGCAUACCAGGCUGAGAUAUACAAACAUAACAGGCCCAGCUUUGUGAAAGCAGAUCACGCAGAUGAUGUCGGCUUGAUGUUUGGUGGAUGUUUCUGGAAUGGAAAUAUAAAAAUCUUAGGCAACAUCACCAAAGAGGAUGAGAGAUUUUGCAGGACGAUGAUGUCAUACUGGGCUAAUUUUGUCCGAGAUGGCUCUCCCAAUGGUCCUGGGCUGGUCAGCUGGCCUCAGUACAACAGGCAGAACCAGGAGUACAUGGAGCUGGGCCCGACUCAGACCGUGAAACAGAAAUUGAGGAAGGAUAGGGUCCACUUCGCUACUGUCACCCUGCCUCUGAAGCUCAGAGAGUUGGAAGCAGCAGCCAAACUGGUGCCUGGAAACUGAUGACUGAUAAAGUUUUACAGCCCAAACUCUUUUUUUCUUUGUUUAAGAAUAGAUUAACUGAGUGUCUUUCACAACUCUUGUAAUUCUAAGUGAUUUGUAACAAAACUGUAAUUAAAAAAAAUGUAAUUUAAUUUUUUUUAAAUAGGCAUUGUUGAUAUAAGAUAAUGCUUGAUGAACUUUGAAAUGAAUUUUGAAAGCAAAAAGAGAAUUACCAGGUCUUUUAGGUUAUGUACUUGAUUUGCUGAUUGAUUACUUUCCUAAACUAAUAAAUUAAUAAAAUGUGCCACUUAUAAUUUAAAAUGCAAUCAUAUUAAAAGGCAAAGGAACAAUCUUCA